UGCCCGUCUAGGGACCACAGAGGGGUAAACGCUUGAAGACUCCCCAGUCCCAGUCUAUUCCUGUAUCUAUGCUACGAAUAAAAAGCUGCGGCGGCAACGAGAUAAAAGUAUGCGCAUGGAUAUUAGUCAGGCGGAUGUGUAGACAUCACUCUACAGGAAAUUGGCGAGGAGGAGGAAGGUCCCACACAGUGUGUGUGGGGGGGAAAUGUAGAGAAAGGUGACGGUUGAGAUGUGUAUUUUUAUUUUUUCGCGUUGACAGGGAUUGACAGGGGAGCCGAGCGUGCGUUUUCGAGAAAGGCUUUUCGUUGUUUCUUAAGGGCCGGGAGUGGAGAGAUGGCAGAGGGAAGUGCCUGAGGAGGAGCUGGAACAGUCGAGGGACUGGCGAGAGGCGAAGGUGGGAGACCUGACCGCGGGCGGAGGGAGGAAGAGAGGCUGCUCUAGGCCGAGCCGCCGCGUAGGUGGGGAGGGGGCGCCGCUAGCCUAGAGGAGGGGCUCGGAGCCUAUGGUUCCCACAGCAGGCCAUUCGGGGACUCUAGCUCCCGGCGGCGGCAGCCAGCGGGACCCAUGGCUGGGGAUUGUGGGAGUUGUAGUCCCACGAGGGCUCUCCCCCUCCCGGCUUGGUGGAGGUGAUAUUGUGGGGCUAGAGGUGAGGUGGGCGGGAGGGAGGAGGCUCUUCUUAGGAAACGGUCAGCGAGGAGGAAAUGUUGGGGGGCGGGCCCAGAUGUAUAGCACUUUAUUAGUUAAAACAACCUUUCAAGCCACGUUGGGUGGUGGUUGUUGUGUUUAUUAGCAUGUUAUAUAUUUUCACAUUUUCGGUUCGUAAAGCACCAUGUGAUCCUUGGAUGAAGUAUGUUAUAGAAAUAUAAUAAAUAAUACAAUGGUGAUGAUGAUUACCAAAAAUCUGGUAAGCUGGUCCAUAAAACAAGUGGUAAUAGCCUCUUAGAAUGUCCGCAUAUACUUUUGCUAGCACAACAGCGGUCUUAAAAAAGCAACAACUGUAUGCUUGUGCAUGUAUUUUUCCUUGGAAGACAACACUUUGAGUAACGUUUGCACAGAAACAGCAACAACAAGAGUCCUCCUGUCUUCUGGUUUACAGGUGCCUCUUCACUUGGUUGACCUGAAACAGUAUGUUGAAAAAAGCUGCUUCGCUAACUGCUCUUUACAUUUCCUGGAAGCAGAAGCUAUGAGGAGCAUCUCCUUUAAAAAGGAGUGCAUCACACAUGGGCAUAACCUGAGUUGUGUAUGAGGAAGGGAGCCAAGCGGGAUUGGGGUUUUUGCUCACAACUUGGUUUCAUUCUUACAGGUAGCAAUGGCUGACUCUUCUGCAGUCGGUACGCCACUGUUGACUGAGCAUCUUCUUACAAAGGUGUCGGACUGCAAUGGGCUUGAUGUUUCAAUAGCCCAGGAGCAUCCAACAAUCUGUAAGCCAGAGCCUAUCUGUGUAGAGGAGGUGAGCUCCACAAUGCUGCCCCCUGUCUGCCCAGGCACAAAUGACAGAGAAAAAGGACCCCCUAGCAAUAGUACAAUCUGUGAGUACUGUGGUUUUGUUCUUGCUUUUAGAAUUUAAACAAUUCUCCAGCUGGUGAAAGAGAGUUUCUAGCACCCUGUUAUAAACAAUUAUUAAAAAAUUGCAUUAGAAGUCAUAAUCUUCUUCCUUUUAUCAUGUUUCUCUGCCAGCAUUCUGAAAUAUGAACAAGGAUGUGACUGCAUGGCAUCAUGAGACACAGGUUUUCUGCAUGGCACCAUUUGCAGUGCAGACAGCCAGCUCUAGGUCUAUGCAUGCAACCCAAUGUGUUGCCCAGGUUCUGCAGUUUCCUAGCUUUCAUUAAAAAACGAGGGGAAAGCUUCUAGCUCUCAUGACUGUAGAGGAAAAUCUUAAAAACUGCUACUUAAUUUAAUGCUCACUUUCAGGUAAGUAACCACCGCCUCUAGGUGAGGAAUGCCUGUCCACUUUUAUUGCCUAUGUCACUUGCAUCCUGAUAGUUUGCAUGCGAGUCCCUUCUCCUAAUCAACUUUUCAUUCUCCCUUUAUCCCUGCCGGGGAACAGCCAAAGUGUUCCACAGUGAUUACUUGACUGGAGAAACACAACAGUGUGUGAAGGCAGCUGCUGCUUGGUAUCUCCCCUCUCCCCACUUCUGCUAUCAGAUGUCACACUUCAUCAACAGCUGAUGAAGGAGAGUGUAGCUUAUGCAACCACCUCCUCAGUAGUUUGUGUACAAUGCUGACUUAAGCCCACAUAGCUUGUGUAGUCCAAAGGUUGUGAGAAUGAAUAGUGUCCUGCUGAUGAAAAACUGAUUGCCAGGAAGGCAGACUUUUCAUGGCAUUCUCUCCACCUGUUUCUCCUUCUCUUCAGGGAGGUUCUGCAAAGUAAGCUGCAGGUUCUGCCAGGCCCUGCUUGAUUCCCUCUGUUUCUCUUCAUCUCCAGACAGCCUGGGUGCCAAUCAGUGUUUUCACUGCCUGAUCACCUUCCCAGAUGAGAAGUUCAAGGAGCGGCACAUGAAGCGGGAACACCCGGAGGACUUCGUUCAGGCCAAUCUGCGUGAUGCUCUUUUUGUCUGCUUCAUAUGUAACAAGGCCUUUGAGAGUUCACGUGCGCUCAUCUGCCACCAGCGGGGCCAUGCGCCAGCCCCGCCCUCCGACCCUACUGACUCCUUGCGCCCUACCUUUGACUGCCAUGAUUGUGGCCGCCGCUUCAGCCAGUUGGCCAACUACCAGCGUCACCGCCUGGGCCAUGCCGCGGGCCACAGCUUGCCUCACCAGUGUCCGGACUGUGGCAAGAGCUUCCGACAGCUUUCAAACUUGCGUCGGCACCAGGCUUUCCACCAGCAGACCCAGGAGUUGCUGCCCUCCCUCCCCUAUUCCUGCAUGGACUGUGGGGAGAGCUUUAACCAGGAGGCUGGGCUGCAUGAACACUACAUCCGCCAUGCCCGCGGGGAGCUCUAAUAUAAGCUGUAGCUUCGUAUCUAUUCCCUGGAUCCAGAUGGAGGCAGGAAGAUGACAGGCAUUGCAGUGUGAGAUGCAGAGCCAGAAUGAGACAAGGAACAGGAUUAAUGGGUCCUUUCUGGUUCAGAAACAGAAGGGGGAAGCCGCUAUUUUCAGGAGGUGUCACAUCUGGUUUUGCUUCAGUCAGGAAGAAUAGUUGGUACAGGGAUAUAUGCAAAGCUGUAUUUUCCUUAGAGGAAGUGCUGUCUCCACAGAGUGAGGAUAACUGAAGGACCGAGGAUGGGAAUAGUCUCUUUUAGGAGAUGCUGACUUCCACCUAGUUCAUGGCAAGAUUUGCUACUGGUCAAAGGGGAGGGAAGCUUCCAUCAGUAUUUUGCCUUUUCUAGAUGCUCGGCUGUCAUGAAGGGCACACUUUUUGCACUCCCACCUGCCCAAGCUUGGAAUUUCUGGGUAGCCUUGCAGAGAACCUGCUUGCUUCCUGCAGAAGGUUGGGAAAAGUUAAAUGUUUGAGGGUGCAGAGUAGAAGUUAAGUCAGCUGAUUAAACCCUACAAGUGCUUUUUUAUAGGGAAAGGAGAAUUCAAGUGAGAAUAUUCUCUUGCUUUUUAAACAUGAACUAUACACAGCUUUGGAUUUGAGCCAACCCCUUCAGCUGUGAGUAUCCUGAUUGGAUUCUCUACUUGUGAGAGUAAGGCUGAUUGGGAGGCAGAAUACCAGUGCUUUUCUUCUCUGGGGGGUACUUGAGGGUACACAGUACCGGCACCUUUUCUUUUCCUAGAAGAAAAGCAGUGGUUAAAAACAUGGCACUUACUGUAACAACUUCAUGGUGAAUACUGACACCUUAAGAGGAAAAGCACUGCAGAAGACAAUAUAAAUUACGUUCCACAGCUCUGUGUACAAUGCCAGAAGCACCUCUUAGGCUCUCAAUAGGCCAUCAGUGGAGAAUCUUUUUCCUGUUGAUGGCUGCAUUCCCUUGAGGGAGGGAGGCAGAGUCAAAAGUGGGCAGGGCCACCUCUCUUCUCUCCUUCCUUUUCCUUCCCCACCCAGCAGGCUGCUGGGGGAAGUACAUUGUGCUUCCCAGAGAUCUGAGCCAGUGUCUUGCAGAGUCUCUCUGCUACCUCCAUCCAUUUCAGCCUUCCUUGUGUAUUUUCCCCCUUCCUGCCCUCUUUCCCCAGACAUUAGGCUGCAUGAUACUCUGCUGAAGUCCGCCGAUUACCCACUCUGGCAGGAAGGUAAACGGCGUUUCUGUGCGCUGCUCGGGUUCACCAGAAGCGGCUUAGUCAUGCUGGCCACAUGACCCGGAAGCUGUACGCUGGUUCCCUUGGCCAGUAAAGCAAGAUGAGCGCCGCAACCCCAGAGUCAUCCGUGACUGGACCUAAUGGUCAGAGGUCCCUUUACCUUUUACCCUUUCUCCAUCCCCCUCCUUGUCCCUUGUUACAGACUCCGCUAACCCAGAAAUAGUACCUCGGGUUAAGAACUUUGCUUCAGGAUGAGAACAGAAAUCAUGCUCCGGCGGCACGGCAGCAGCGGGAGGCCCCAUUAGCUAAAGUGGUGCUUCAGGUUAAGAACAGUUUCAGGUUAAGAACGGACCUCCGGAACGAAUUAAGUACUUAACCCGAGUUACCACUGUAGUUCUUACACUCCAGUUUGUUUGCUACUCAAGCAUGGAACAGAUUACGCUGGCUCUUCUGGCCAGUGCGAUGUGCUAGAAAUGUGACAUCCCUAUGCUGUCCACUUGGUGGCACUGCCAGCUAGAAAUUGAAAGCAUAGUCUCCAUUCCAAGGCACCUAACACUAACAAAUAAAUCUACUUUGUACUGAGUCACUAUAUAUACUGAGUCAUUGGUCUGCUUGGUCCAGUACUGUUUUUGCCACCUGACAUUUGAGAACAUUCUCAAAUCCCAGAUCCUUUUAAACUGGUGAUGUUGCAGAUGGAACAUGAGACCUUGCGUUCUCCCAAAACUGAGCUGUGAACACUGCUAAACCAUGCUGGAUCACAUGGAAUGGCUUUUGCUUGCCCAAAUAGGCACUUAGGCUCCUCCUGCACUACAACCUGCUGUGUUAUACAGCUUUAAAUUGUCAUGGCUUUACCCCAAAGGAUCCUGGGAACUGUUGUUUGUUAUGGGUGCUGUGAGUUGUCAGGAGAUCUCUAAUCCCGUCACAGAGCUACAUUUCCUAGAGUUGACUAGGGAAAGGGAUUGAUUGUUAAACCACUCUGGGAACUAUAGCUUUGUGAAGGGAAUAGGGGUCUCCUCACAGCUCUCAGAAUCCUUAACCAAGUAGGAUGUUUUGGAGAAGAGCUAUGACGGUUUAUAGUAGUAUAAUACUGCUUAUGGCACCUCAGAUUCAGCUCCUGGCCCUUUUCAUUUUAUAAUUUCCACCCUGGAUAAUAAAAGCAGCCCAUGAUUUCUUUCUUUCCUCACUAAUGCAACUCUAGUAGUAGUAGUAGUAAUAGUAGUAGUUAAAAAUGGCUCUUCCCAUUAAAAUUAAUUGUGUGGGUGUCUUGAGAGAGCUGUAUCCCCAUUUACAGCUUGUCAUUGUCAUUAUUCAUAUAUUGCUAUAGGGCUAUACAAGUACUCCUGUGCUAGAGGAGCACAGCAGAAAGCUCAGCAUCUGAAUUCACAAAAUAAAACUGAAAAACGUUAACAAUGAUUUGCGUUCACAUGUCUAAUGUGGGAUAAUGAGUUGUUGCUCUUUACUCAUUGAUAACACAGGCACUAGCCAAUAGGUGCCUGCCAUACUCGCUCAGCCACAUUCCACCCAGCACACAAUGGAUAUUUUAGCGGGAGGAGGAAAAUUGCUUAGCAAUGAAAUGUGUCUUAAAAGCAGGGAAGUAUGCUGUGCCCAUAAAUGCUAGGGCUACUAGAAGUGUCUGGGUGCAUGUCCCAGGUUCUGUCUUCAUCCAUGUUCAGGUAGGGCUUGGUGAAAGCCCUGUCUGAAAUCCUGGAAAGCUGUUUCCCAUCCAUCUAGGCAAGACUUAACCGAGAUGGACCAUUGGUUCUGACUCUGUAGAAGGCAGCUUCCUAUGCUCUCCAUAUUUGCCUGCGUGGGACUGUUUUGUUCUCCUUCCGCAUGAACGAACAAGCCAGGAAGUCACAGUUAGAGACACACACACACACACACAUUCCUUUCCAGAUCAAAGCACACACAACCUGUUUUUUAACGUGCUUUCUUGAUGGCACGCAUAGCUAAUCACAAGUACUUAAAUAGAACCUAGAUCUUCUCUGGAAAUAAAUAAUUUAUGUUCGC